AUGGAUGAUUACGACACGAUUUCUCAAGAUGCCAGCGACUUCUCGGAUUCGCUAUCAAUUUCACUAAACAAUAAGGGAAAAUAUGGACAACUUGGCCUUUGUUCUAUCUGUGGCGCGAGAUCAUCCGGGAUUAAUUUUGACGUCAUGACAUGUUCAUCAUGCAAAGCAUUCUUUCGACGAAAUGGCGUUAAGCCAUUGCAUCAAUUCGUUUGUCGCGCGUCAGGUGAUUGUAGAAUUGAUGAACGAUCACGCCGGCAAUGUACGGCAUGUCGCCUACGAAAAUGUUUUGAAAUGGGUAUGGUUAAAGAACGGAUUCGAACCGAAGAACAGAAUCAGCGACAUCGUGCAUUAGUCGAAGAGAAUCGACGUCAAAAAUUGAAAAAAUGUCAACAACAACAACAAGAAAAAGAACAACGAAAAAACCAAAAAGUCUAUACGAACUGUCGUAAAGAACCAAUCUAUUCUUCAUCAUCGUCCUAUUCAUGCGACGAUCAAACAGAUCUGAUAUGCGAAAUCUUUCUUGAAAGCGUACGCGAAGUGAUUUCAGAUGAAUUUCGUCUGGAUCUUAAUUACGAUGUAACCGAUGGACUAAAUCAAUAUUGUAUACCUGUUUCAUCUUUAAUCACGUUCUCCAAACAUUUGUCUCAAUUUCAACAAUUACCAGUCGAUGAUCGACUAAUUCUUUUGAAAAAUAAUACGAAAGUUCUUCUACCGAUGUUCAUACAUUUACUCAGCACAACUACGAAAACACGAAUUUAUUUCCAUCAUCCUGGUUUGCACAAUAUUAACGAGAAAAUCUCAUAUACUUAUUCAUUAUUCAGUUAUAAUAUGCCUGAUGAUAAUAAAUUAUUAGUCUUGUUCUUUGUCGUUUUACUUUUUUCUUCGUCGUUACUUACCAGAAAGUCUUUAUAUGAUGCUGGUCAAAUGAAUGAUCAUUCGAGACAAAUGGCUCGAUAUACAUACGAUGAAUAUACCCAACUGAUUUGGCUUUAUGUUAGUGAAAAGUAUGAUGACGAUUACGGACAGGCCGCAUUGGUUUACAUGAAAAUUAUAACGACAUUCCUUCAAUUGCAAAAUCUAACCAAUGAAAUUUAUGAUAUUAUCGAAUGUUCGGUGCAAGUUGAUCGAUUACACAUGAUAAUGCAAUCUGUCCUACAUUUGAUAUAA